AUGGCUAAUUUCGAUCCAUCGUUGCUUCAGCAAUUUCUUCCUGAAUACUAUCGACGGCUUUUCCCUUUCAAACUUCUCUGCAAAUGGUUAACUUAUGGUAAAGACUUAUCAGCCUCUUUUCAAAUGCGCGAAUUGGCAUUCAUUUUCGAAGAUGAUCGACAUGCACGGUAUCGAAGUUUUGAAGAUGCAACUGAGUUGGAGAAAGAAUUGUGCAAAGCUAGCCCUCAAAAACUUGAUAUCGGCGCAAUAUAUAAUCAUAAACCUAAGGACCAUAAGAAAUUCGCUGAUUUCUGUCCAGUAGAGCGGGAGCUGGUUUUCGAUAUUGAUUUGACUGAUUAUGAUGAUAUACGAACAUGUUGCUCAGAAGCCAAAGUAUGUCGGAAAUGUUGGAGAUGGAUAUCUUUGGCUGUAGGCAUCUUAAGCUAUCUACUAGAAAAGCAUUUUGGUUUCAAGCACUGCUGUUGGGUUUUUUCUGGACGUCGAGGCAUUCACUGUUGGGUUGCUGAUGCUGUUGCACGAAAGCUUCAAAAUUCGGGGCGAGCAGCAGUUGUCGAAUACUUAUCGUUGGUUAUGAGUGCACAGAAAAUUUCGAAAGCAGCAACAAAACGAUCAUUUGUUCACCCAAUGCUAGAGGAUGCAUAUCGCUUUUUGGUGCAGAGCCACGAUGUAAGUGAAAUGAUGUAUGAGCAAGGUUGGAUGAGUGACGAUGGCUUAAUGUCGUUGCUGGAUGGUUGCGGGAAUAAAGAAGUUGAGGAAGAAAUUAGACAAAUUAUAAAUGAGAUCAAAACUAUUGAUUGUCACGAAAAGCGGUGGAAUGCUUUACGAAUAAAAUUUGACAAUUAUAAACGAGCUGAACUGAAAAGAAAUGGAAUUGAAUUAUGCGAGGUAGCUAGUUCGCAGUCAUCAUUUCAUUUCCGUGGCUAUUUACUCCAGCGUACUUAUCCACGACUAGAUAUCCAUGUUUCUACUGGUAUCAACCAUCUGCUAAAAAGUCCAUUUUGUGUCCAUCCAAAAACAGGUCUUGUUGCUGUUCCUAUCAGUCCAAAUCAGAUAUCUCAAAUAGAUAUUGAAAAAUUACCUCGCAUUGACAAACUGUUGCAUGAAGUUCCAAAAUUAGAUCUUCUUGAAGCAGGAAAAGAAAAUGAACGACGUUAUGAAAUCAAGCAAACCUCUCUUGGACCAUAUAUAAAGCAUUUUGAAGAAUUUGUGGAUAGAUUAGUUUAUGAUGAGCAGCAACAAAGAUAA